GUCGGAGUGUUUGCAGGUGUCUGCAGUGGAGUGUGUGAGCACAGCUUACGCGACCAUAUCAGUGCGUCUGUGUGUGUGUGUGAGAGAGAGUGUGUGUGUGUGUGUGUGUGUUUUUCUUGGUGUUGUUGGAGCCGAAGAUGAAGGGAACGUGUUCGUAAUGGAAUUCAGAAAACUGCGGAUUAUUUCUUUAACCGGUUUAGUGUUUAUGAUUUUACAGUUGAGUGUUUUUAGAAAAUUAGUUUCUGUUGUUGUGUUGACGGGUUCCACUUUUUUUUUUCUUUUUUUUAAGGUAAAGUUUGCUGCGUUUUUAUGACCAUUUUGAUGUGUUUGACACCGGAGGAUGUCAAGAUUUGGCUCGAUUUAAAAAAAAUAAAAAAAUAAUUAAAAUAAAAAUAGAAGGUCAACAUUAGGCUCAGAUGUUUGUUGUAGUGAUGGUUUGAAACUGAAUUAAACUCAGUGUAGACAGACCAGCAUCCAGCACGGCUCCCCCCAGAAGCCCCUCCCCUAAUGUUCUGUGUGUGUGUGUGUGUGUGUCUGCAUCUUAUAAGAGCUCGUGAACGUCUCAGGUCCAGCCCAUAAUCUGAUCUGAAAUCUGUAGAUUAGGAGAAGGUUUCACCUCCUUCCAUCCGUGGUUUCUGGAAGGAGGCGUGCGCCAUCCGUGUGCGCACAGACAGACAGACAACAGACAGACAGACAGAGACAACAGACAGCGCCGCUGCUUUUGGUCGGUUCUCCUCCGGGUUCUGGAACAUUUCAAGUCGCUUUUUUUUAAAACUUAAUUUUAAUUUUGGCGAAGUCCAAUAGUCAUGCAGUUAGAGAACAUCCUCCCCAGCGCGACCACCAAUCUGCCCAAGACCUUCUAUAACCUCUCCUCCUCGGACAGCGUCACCAACAGCCCCAGGCCGUCGUCGCAGCUCGACUACCAAGACGUGGACCGGACGGAAUCAGAGUCCAGUAGCGCCCCAAAGAAAUACCUGAGCGCGGUGGGGAACGGGAUGCUCGGGGAGGCGGGGGACACUUUCACCAAAUCGGUGUCCGAUGGGAGGAAAGACUCCCCGGUGCUGGGUGAGGACGAGCUGACGAGCGGGCGGCGGUACAACAUAGACGAACUGGGCUCUGACAGAUACUUCCUGUCGUCGUCCCAGACCGGUACCGACAUGGCCAGUCCCUGUUCCCUCUUCCCCUAUGCAGGACAGACGGGCUCGGUGUACACGGGCUCCAGCAGCUCCAGGUACCCGGCUUCUCUCCACUACGGAUCCGUCCUGCCGCCCGCGGGCUUCUCCUCUUCGUCGGUGUGCGCCGGCCGCAGCCAGUUCGGGAGCGGCGGUUACCAGUUCAGCCAGGGCCCCGGCUGUUUGUACCCUUCUUACCCGGGGACGGGCACCGGCAUCGGCUCCAUGUCUCUGCCGGGAUCCGCAGCCGGAGUCCGGGCGCAGGUGUAUCUGUGCAACCGGCCUCUGUGGCUGAAGUUCCACCGGCAUCAGACCGAGAUGAUCAUCACCAAACAGGGCAGACGGAUGUUUCCAUUCCUGAGCUUCAACAUCACUGGACUCAACCUCACGUCUCAUUACAACGUCUUCGUUGAAGUCGUCCUGGCUGAUCCGAACCACUGGCGUUUUCAGGGCGGAAAGUGGGUCACCUGUGGCAAGGCAGACAAUAAUAUGCAAGGUAACAAGAUGUAUGUUCAUCCUGAAUCUCCAAACACCGGUGCUCACUGGAUGAGGCAAGAAAUCUCCUUCGGCAAAUUAAAGCUGACCAACAAUAAAGGAGCGAACAACAACAACACACAGAUGAUUGUUUUGCAGUCUCUUCACAAAUACCAACCACGGCUUCACAUCGUGGAGGUGACGGAGGACGGUGUGGAAGACAUGAGCAACGAGGCCAGGACUCAAACCUUCACUUUCCCUGAGAACCAGUUCAUAGCAGUCACUGCCUACCAGAACACAGACAUCACACAGCUGAAGAUAGAUCACAACCCUUUUGCAAAAGGCUUCCGGGACAACUAUGACUCGAUGUACACAGCCCCAGAGAGUGACAGGUUGACUCCGUCCCCUACAGAUUCUCCUCGCUCCACCCAGAUUGUGCCUGGGGCCCGCUACGCCAUGCAGCCUUUCUUCCAGGACCAGUUUGUCAACAACCUGCCUCAGAACCGUUUCUACACCAGUGAACGGGCCGUUCCGCAAACCAACAGCCUCCUGUCGCCACAGAGCGAGGACGCCAGCGCCGCGGCCUCCGCCCAGCGUUGGUUCGUGCCUCCUGUGCAGCAGCCCGGCUCCAACAAGCUGGAUCUGUCCUACGAAAAUGACUAUUCCACCAGUAGCCUACUGUCCUACGGCAUCAAACCCCUGUCCCUGCAGACGUCCCACGCCCUCAGUUACUACCCGGACUCGGCCUUCGCCUCCAUGGCGGCCGGCUGGGGCACCAGAAGCACUUACCAGCGCAAGGUGACCACAGGACUGCCCUGGUCCCCCCGUCCCAGCCCUCCGGCCUUCGCAGAGGACCAGCUCGGAGCCAUGAAAGACAAGCUGCCGGAGGAGAGCGCGCCGCCGGCCUCGACCUGGAUCGAGACGUCGCAGUCUCUUAAAUCAGUGGACUCUAGCGACUCGGGCGUGUACUCCAUGGUCUGCAAGAGGCGCAGGAUGUCUCCUGGAGGCUCCAGCACAGAGAACUCCCCCACCAUCAAGUGUGAGGACUUGGCCUCGGAGGAGUACAAGGACAACCCAAAAGGCAUGGGUUAUUAUGCAUUCUACACCAGCCCCUAAGACUUUAUUUAUUCAAACCAUAUAUAUGAGAAUUCUUUUAUUGAGUGCUCUCCAUCCUUUGUUAAUGUCUUUUUUCUCUUUUCUCUAAAGGUGCCAAAGCUUAGUGUUCCCCCAAGCAAGCUGCACAAGGUUAUUUUCCCAGGCCAGCCCCUCUCACUCUCACAUACCUGAACAUGCAUAGUGAUUGUUGGUUUUUUUUUUUUUUGGUGGGGGGGGUGGCUGAAAUAAAAAGACAUGUCCCUUUUUUUAUAUAUAUUGAUUUAAUUUUUACUCUUUUAUUUUAUGGCUCCCACAAAUGUGAUUUUUAUUAUUAUAAUAUUUUUCUGAAUUUUUUCGCUGCGUAUUUAAGUCAUUUUCGUUGUACAGUAUUCGUGCACUUUAGAAUGUGAUGUAUCUUGUACAAAUUGUCUUCAUGGAGGUGGUUAUUAAAUGGAUAAUAAAAUGGCUUUUCAUGAAAAACAAAA